AACAAAAGAUUCGUAAAUGUUUUACGGCUUCAACGAGCAGUGUUUCGAAUUCGAAAACGUAAAAGUUUCAGUGAAAGAACGGCAGCAGACCGGCUAGUGAAAUUCUCAGGGCAAAAUAAAACUGGAUAUCGAAAACGGAUGAUCAAGACAACUGCCAAUUUAUAUGGAUAUUCUUUAAGACAAGUUAUUAGGGAUGUGAUACGGUAUGAUUAUGUAUUUUGCUAUCCGAUUUAAGUUACAUCGGGAUGACCAUGGGGUUAACUGAUACACGGACAUAUUACAUAAUUAUGCAGGGUCGAGAGAUUAUUUUACACAGAAGACGGUCCUCCGCAAAUUUGUGGUAAAGAUUGCACCUGGCCUCUGCAAGCAUUUAGAGUGGAUUCAGCAGCCUCAGCAACAUCCCAGUCUUCAACAAAUAACAAUCAGCAUUUGUUUGGCAAUGUCCAUGAGUACUUCACACUUUCUCUGGAGCGCUAGAUUUCAUUCAUCACGAUAAUCAACCAAGUUUUUUAUAAGUUUGUUAAUAUUAGUUACAAGAUGAGAGCUGCUUUGAAGACCCUUAGCUUAAUGACCGACUCUUAUUGUCAGGUGAAUCUUCGUGCUUUUCAAAAACACCCAGUUGUAAAUUUUCAUACACAUGUUUUCUGGUGGAGGUCUUGCCCUACACAGCUACAAUCCAAAAAUGUCAACCUUUUGUCUGUACCUAAUCAAUCUAAAGGCAGGAUCUCAGUUCCUCAGAGUGUACGGCAAAUUCACAGUGAAACCUUUAAAUGUGGUCCUGAUUCAAAAGUACCAAAAUCUUCCAGCUCUGAUGGAACCUCUGAUUGCCUGACCCACACUGAUGCACAAGGUAAAGCCUCCAUGGUCAACGUGGGCAGUAAGCCGGUAACUUGUCGCACAGCCACGGCUUGUGGCAAGGUCAUCCUAGGCCCAAAAGCUUUUAAUUUGGUGCGUGCCAACCAACUUGCCAAGGGUGAUGCACUGGCGGUAGCCCAGCUAGCUGGCAUCAUGGGUGCCAAGCAGACUGCAUCUCUUAUUCCUCUUUGCCAUACGCUUCCUCUUGACCACACCUCUGUUACUAUAGAGUUGCUGGAGGAAGGACAUACUGCUGUUGUCAAGGCAACGUGCCAAACCCUAGGCCGCACAGGAGUGGAGAUGGAGGCUCUGACAGCUGUGACGGUUGCCACGCUGGCAAUGUACGACAUGUGCAAGGCUGUCAGUCGUGACAUCAUUAUUACUGACAUAAAGUUGCUUGGCAAGACAGGUGGGCAAAGAGGUGACUUCCAGCGUCCUGACAUAUCCUAAUUUUGAAUGCAUCUUGUCAUUUUACUUUGAGUGACUUUAGUAUCAAAGUGUACCUUUGGAUGCAUCUGACUGGCCCAGUUAUUGCAAAUUUACUGUCUACAAAACAAGUUGUUUGCUAAAUACCAGCAUUUAGAUUGAUUGUUAACGGACUGUUGUCAUUUAUCAGCAUAAGCAUUCAAAAGUCCUUAAUUUUCAUUAAUAAAAUGGGCCUGUUCACGGCAAGAAAAAAAAUUACUUGCAGGGUUUUUUAUUUUCAAAGCAUUUACGCAAUGUGUGAUGCAAAUUUCUGAUGGGCUCUACCCUAAAGAUAUCUAACCUAAGGCAAACUGCAGUUGCCUACUAAUUACAUUUUUUUUCUAUUUAAUUGUUUAGUUUAUUUGUUAUACUGGCUGGCCAGUAAAGGCCUUAAAGAUGAAAAACUAAUGACAUGGCCCACUUCCUCACCUGACUUAAACCCUAUUGAGAACUUUUGAUCCCUUCUUAAGCAGAACAUUUACAGUUAAGGUAAACAGUACACCUCUCUGAACAGUGUCUGGGAGGCUAUGGUUGCAUCUGCACAAAAUGUUUAUUCUGACCAGAUCAAGAAACUGACUGAAUCCAUGAAUGGAAGGCUUGUGACUGUUAUCGAAAUGAAUGGUAAUUUGGUAAAUGUAGAGUUUGUUUAUUAUUCUAACU